GAUUUCGCAAUAGUGAAGAGAACCAAACUUUUCUAUGGCGUUUAAUACCACUUCAUCAUAUCCACUAUUAGGGAUCGUGGCAGUGGUUGGAAUUAGCUUACUUGUAAAUCAUAAUCUGGCAUUACAUACAAUGUGUGAUAACAAAAGCUAUUCUUAAUUGGAGAAGUAAUCUCGUUAUAACAAGGCUUUACCAAAUGCGUAAACCACCAAGUGUGCAGGCAGCGUUUUGUGAAGGGCGUUGUGCGCUCUCCUGUGGAUUUUCUUGGACACUGUGCUCAACAGGAAAGCGAAUCUUUGAGCGCACAAAUGAGGAUGUUGGAUGCAGUGUGCAUUCGCCUGGCACCUGUUGUUGUCUUUUUUUAUUUUCAGCGCUGGUCUACUGAGGAUUUAACAGCAGCAUUCACCAUCACACCAGGACAAUGUCGGAGGAACACACUGAUUCGAACUCAAGUCGGUACUAUUUUGACAACACCUCUACUAGAGUCCAGAGCAGCUUCGUGUUUUCAGGACCCAUGUUUGUCAUUUUGAUGGUGAUGAUGGUGACUUUGGUCAUUGUGAUAGUUUUGGGUAACGCACUGGUCAUUGUGGCCUUUAAAGUGGACAAGAGUUUGAGGAAACAAUGUAAUUACUACUUCCUAAAUUUGGCAAUAUCAGAUUUUCUUGUAGGGGCAUUCUGCAUCCCAGUCUACAUGCCUUACAUCCUCACAGGCAAGUGGACAAUGGGUCAAGGACUGUGCAAGCUGUGGCUGGUCAUGGACUACCUGCUUUGUUCCGCAUCUGUCUUCAACAUUGUCCUUAUCAGCUACGACCGCUUCCUGUCAGUCACCAGAGCAGUAAGUUACCGCGCCAGACAGGGCAUGACUCAUCAAGCCAUAGUCAAGAUGAUUGCUGUCUGGGUGCUAGCCUUUGUCCUGUAUGGCCCAGCUAUCAUAUUCUGGGAACUGGUGGUGGGCAAAAGCCACGUGCCAAAGGAUGAGUGUUUUGCGGAGUUCUAUUACUCUUGGUACUUCCUUCUGAGUGCCUCUAUGCUGGAGUUCUUUUCUCCUUUCAUCUCUGUGGCUUUCUUCAACCUCAGCAUUUACCUCAACAUACGCAGGAGGAGGCUCCACAGCAGGGAGGCCCAGCUCCAACUUCAACUGAGUGAAUCUGCCUCUGCCCAGGAGAAAGGUAUCCCCCUGUCCCACAACUGGUGGUUUGGGAUGAAACUGGCUGUAAGAGGCUCUAUCCAAUCCCAGACCUCCUCUCCCACUUUGGGUAAACUAGAUCCCUCAACCAGCAGGGCUGUCCAGCCUAGCCGUCUGUCCAGGGAUAAGAAAAUUGCUAAGUCCCUGGCCAUCAUAGUGUGUGUGUUUGCCAUCUGCUGGGCACCGUACACCCUACUGAUGAUCAUCCGUGCUGCCUGCAGAGGGCGGUGCAUCCAGCAUCACUGGUACGAGGUCACCUUCUGGCUCCUGUGGCUCAACUCUGCUAUUAACCCAUUCCUGUACCCGCUUUGCCACAGUAGCUUCCGCAGGGCCUUUAGCAAGAUUCUCUGCCCAAGGCGGCAUACUACUCCCCCAUCAUCUGUCCUUCGUUCUGGCCAGUGACAAGCGGAUAUCCAUGAAAGA